CUACGCGUCGCUCUAGCCCUGGUUAGACCCCGCUCGCUGCCCCUCCUUCGGUUCGAAGUAGAAGCGGUUCUCAUUUCGUCUUUCCCUCAGAUCCAUGUCCAGGGGGCCCACCGGCGCGUUGCCUGGCGAGCAUGGAUUUUACAGAAGCCUAUUCCGACAGAUGUUCUUCGGUUGGGCGCGCUGCUAGAGAAGGCAACGUCAAAGAUUUGAAGAAGCUCAUCAGAGAAGGCUACAGCGUCGAUGUCCCUGAUAACCGGGGUUGGAUGGCAAUCCAUGAAGCAGCAUUUCACAAUACAAGUGAAUGUCUGAAGGUCUUAAUUUGUGCAGCACCCUCUGAGAGCUACAUAAGAACAAAGACAUUUGAGGGCAGUUGUCCUUUACAUCUGUCUGCCAGCCGUGGAAGCGUGGAAUGUGUUGCAGUCCUCCUGAAAUCUGGUGCUGAUCCUAAUGAGCUCACUAACGAUGAGACAACACCAUUAUUUUUGGCUGUGGAGAAUGGACAUAUCGAUGUAGUAAAGCUUCUCCUUCAACACGGAGCAAAUAUUAAUGGGUCACAUUGUUGGUCUGAAUGGAAUUCUUUGCAUGAGGCAGUUUUUCAGAGAUAUCCUGAGAUACUGAGAUUACUCCUUGACCAAGGAGCUGACAAAGAAUCGGUGGAUGACUUUGGGAUCACGCCUUUGUUUGUUGCUGCACAGUACGGAAGACUGGAGUGUUCAAGGAUACUUAUAUCAUACGGAGCGAAUGUCAAUUGCCAGGCCAAGGACCGGGCCACACCCCUGUUCAUCGCUGCACAGGAAGGCAAUGACGGAUGUGUGGAGCUGCUGUUAUCCAGCGGAGCAGACCCAAACCUCUACUGUAAUGAAGAGGAGUGGCAAUUGCCUAUCCAUGCUGCAGCACAGAUGGGACACCACAACAUAUUGCGAAUGCUCAUACCAGUUACAGACCGGUCCUCUGGCAGUGCGGAGGGAAAAGUGAGCCCUGUGUACUCAGCGAUCUAUGGGGAUCAUGAAGAUUGCUUGGAGCUCUUGCUUAAGGAAGGUUACAGCCCAGACGCCCAGCCUUGUCCAGUCUUUGACUGCCGAUCACCCAUGUCUCUUGCUAUCCCGAAGGGAUCUGGAUUAAUUCGCCUUCUUCUGAAGUAUGGGAUCACCCCUCUAGAAACCGAUUUAGGCCUUUGCCUUCACCACAGAGCAUUCUCUUUAUUUCAGUAUCUCUUGAAGCAAGGUUGCAAACUCCCAUCCAGGCAGCACCUGGCAGAAUUUUUAAAAUAUGCGAUUAAUGUAGAAAGCGAGUAUCAAAAGUGGCUGCCUUCUCUCUUGCUGUCCGGAUUCAAUCCAGUCAAUCUUCUCCGUCUGUCAUGGGUGUGCUCUGAAAGGAACAAGGCCCUUAACUUCCUUCUGGAGUUUACUAACUGGAAGAGACUUCCUUGGGACAUCGAACAGAUCCUUUCCAAACACAAAGGAACUUCCUCAUGGGUGCCCUUUAGUAAUUUUGACUGUAUUCCUUCCUUGUCUCAUCUUUGCCGCCUAGAGAUCCGGUCACUUUUGACCAGCAGCCAUUUACGAACGGACCAUUUUGUCCGUCAGUUGCCACUGCCCACUUGCCUGCAGGACUUCUUACUUUAUUCGGACGUGUUAAGGACAUCCACCAUUUCUGAACAUUGGCUUAACCUGUGGGAAGAGUAUGAAGGAAAUGGCUUGCUCUCUGUUUCUGCCUCUGAAAAUGUGUAAAGAAGAGGAACGUAGAAGUGGGGCCAGAUGGUCAAGGCGUGUGGUGUCCCGUCAUCAAAAAGACCAAACUGUUGAGCCUGCAUUAUAGAUACUGGAGUUGUAAAUACUGUAUCUACAUCAUUGCUCCUUGUAGGAAGUCCUCCCUUCAGUGAUGUCGUUUGGAUGUCUGCAGAUGAACUUGUCAACAUGUUUUGUUUUCUCUCAAAAUAGUCCAAAAUUAAAAUGAACAACACUAAUGUAUAGGAAGAAGUAUUGAGGAUCACUCCAAAAUAAAGACAUUUUCUUUCUA